AUGGGUUCUUGGUGCUCCCGCGGAAAGUCCAACACCGUGAACACUGAGGCCUUCGAUCCAUCCACUUCCCCUGUGGAGAAUUCAUCCUUGAUAUGUAGGGAUAAACGCAGACGUAGGUUGUCAAUGAGCCAGAGCACUGAUGUGGGCUUGGAAGUGGCAGCAAGUUCCGAGGUUGAUGAAACUCGUCAGCGGGGGAGAAUAGUGACAGGAUCUGGAUCACCCAGAAGGUUGUCAAUAACUAGCCAAGCUGUGGAGGACCAGCCUACCCAACAGAAAGGAUUUGAAGAUAAGACCUGUAAGCAACAAGGGGCGACGGUCCCUAGAACGAUGGGCUAUGUGUGUAAAAAAGGACUGAAACCGGACAUGCCCAACCAGGACGAUUUCGCGAUCCUCGUCACGGACGAUUAUGAGAUGUAUGCUGUCUUUGAUGGUCACGGCCCAUACGGUCAUGUUGUGUCUAAACUGUGUCACAAGAUCUUACCAGAAUUCAUCCGUGAUGAUCCCAACUUCCAGGAAGACUUGCCCAAGGCAUUUAAAACGGCUUUUAUCCGGGCCCAUGUCAUGUGCGAGCGCGCCUCGGACUCUCAAGACCAAUUUGACUGCGCUUUCUCCGGCUCGACCGCAACCAUCGUUCUACUGCGGAAUGCCUCCCUCAACUGUGCAUGGGUUGGCGACUCACGAGCCGUGCUGGCCACUCUGAAGACCGAUGGUCGCCUCGUUGCAGUAGAUCUAUCCCGGGACCACAAACCAGAACUACCCGACGAGAAGGCUCGCAUUGAGUCACAAGGCGGUAGGGUACUCAAGCUCGGCAAUGAUAUACCCUACAGGGUUUUCGUCAAAAAUGCUCACUAUCCCGGCCUGGCUAUGGCCAGGUCCAUAGGAGACAGUGUUGGUGUUACGGCGGGGAUCUCGCACAUUCCCGAGGUUUCUCAGCGGAAUAUCAACGAUAGCGCUGAUAAGUUUAUCAUCAUAGCAAGUGACGGCGUAUGGGAGUUCAUAUCCAGUCAAGAGGCCGUUAAUAUUAUAAAUAAAUACAAACCCAGUGAAGCACAGACGGCAGCAGAAGUCUUGGCCCAGGAGGCUUGGAUGCGGUGGAUAAGAGAAGAACACGGUAAAGUAGUAGACGACAUAACAAUCAUCAUCAACUGGCUGUAA